GAUUGCCAUAUAUCUGUGAGCAAUAUCUUCCUCUUUCCGCUACUUUCCCUAACUUUUUUCUACUUUUUCUAGAGUUUAAGCAACUCUCCACUAUCUCUCCCGUUGACCUCCAUUGAUUUUUCAAAGCACUAUGUUAUAGUAUUCAAAUAGUACAUUUCAGCAUAUAUAUUUGGCGAAAUUGUGUAUAUCCCUUCUUCUUCUUCUUCUUAUAACUGGCAUUUAAUUUGCACAGCUUAAAGCUGCGUCUUUUAACUUCCCAUGGCUUUAUUAACUUCUGGUACUAAGAGAAAAAAAUCGUUAGCAUGGACUUGCCUAAUACCUUGUGCAAUCCUGCUUUCCGCUGCUUUCUUUAUAGGAAGCGCCUUCCUUGUCACUGAAUGUAAAGAGAAAAUUUUAGGAUGGCAAUUGAUUGAAUCCUUCAGAAUGACAAAACCUAGUACGUGUGAGGAUGAGUGCAGGCCUGAAGGAAGCGAGAGACUGCCACGAGGUAUUGUGGCUAAGACCUCUGAUUUAGAAAUGCAUCCGCUUUGGGGUCCCCCCAAUAAAAAGAAAUCAAAAUCACCAAUGAGCUUACUAGCUAUGGCAGUUGGAAUAAAGCAGAAACAGAAUGUCAAUGAAAUUGUUAAGAAGUUUCCAGAGACUGAUUUUGUCAUUAUGCUUUUUCAUUAUGAUGGUAUCGUGGAUGAAUGGAAAGAUCUAGAAUGGAGUAGUACUGCUAUUCACAUCUCUGCUAUUAAUCAAACUAAAUGGUGGUUUGCCAAGAGGUUCUUACACCCAGAUGUUGUUGCAGAGUAUGCUUACAUAUUCCUGUGGGAUGAAGAUCUUGGAGUUGAAAACUUCAAUGCUGGACGAUAUUUAUCAAUAGUAAAAGAAGAGGGUCUUCAGAUAUCACAGCCAGCAAUUGAUGCAGAUAUAUCAGAAAUUCAUCACCAACUUACAGCACGAGAAAAGGGGUCAAGAGUGCACAGGAGGGCGAUAAACAUAAAGGGUCCAGGAAGGAGGUGCUACGAAGACAGUCCUGAACCUCCAUGCACUGGGUGGGUGGAAAUGAUGGCUCCUGUUUUCUCAAGGGCAUCCUGGCGUUGUUCGUGGUACAUAAUUCAGAAUGACUUCGUUCAUGCAUGGGGGGUGGACUUUCAGCUUGGAUAUUGUGCACAGGGGAACAGAACCGCAAACGUUGGGGUUGUUGACUCAGAAUAUUUAGUUCACUAUGGUCUUCCGACACUAGGUGGUACAGAAAAUGAGAAGAGUAGUUUAGCACAAGAGAUAACUCUUCAAAAGGAAAGCUUGUCGAACGAAGGGCAAACAGGACUGCCGGAAUCUCAUCCGUCUGAUGCAAGAAAUGCUGUGCGGAAACAAUCUCUUGUCGAAUUAGAAAGAUUCAAGAAUAGAUGGAAAAAGGCUGUCAGAGAAGACCAAUGUUGGGUCGAUCCCUUUCAGCAGCCUGUGAAACAAAAAAGUGACUGAAGGGUUGCAUCGUCAAACUUAAGACU